AUGUCCAAGAAAGCAUCGGGCAAUGGCGCCGCCCCGCAGCCAGUGCCCAUGGGCGUCGCACCCGCACUCGGCGGCAACGAUGGCGGCAAUGCGCCCAUUCCCAUCAUCAAGUUCGACGAUGAUCAAGAUGGACAGCGAGAUCGCAAGCUAGCAUCACGAAAGGACUACAACAGGAGAGGAGGGAAUGGAGGCAGCAGUGGUCGCACCUCCAAGAAGGCCAAGGCGGGUUUCUUUGCCCUCCUCACUUCUCUCGUCUUCCAGGCGGGAGUGGCUUACCUCCUCGUGGGAGCCUUUUGGUCGUGUCCGGCAACUUGGGGACAUACAGACUACAAUCCCAAUGACAGCAGAGCUACGUGCAGGACUUUGGCGCAAGCCAAGUCUCAGAUUGCCCCCGUCGUCACUCCUUACUACCACGCAGCACAGGCAAAGGUGGAGCCUUACACCAAGCCUUACAUCGAUGCUGCCUCGCCUUACUACCGGACAGCCCACAAGACCGCUCUGCCUUACUACAAGACUGCCAACAAGAUCGGCAGAAGGUAUUACAAGACCGCCAACCAGUUGAGCAAGAAGUACUACAAUCGCAACAUCGAGCCACUCCGCAAGCGCGCCAUCAAGCGCAGCCAGGCCUUUGCCGAUCCUCACCUCAAGGUCGCUCGGCAGCACUACAGCAAGCACGUGGAAACUCACGUUGUUGGCGCUCGCAAGGCCGUCAAGCCCUAUCAGGAUAUUUACCGCCGCGAUGUCGCCCCCGUGCUCAAUGACGCCUACCUUCAGUCCCUAGCUGCGGGCACUGGAGCCUACCGAGCCUACAAUAAGCACGCCCACCCACUCGUGCUCUCCUCUGCCAAGCACAGCCACUCUUUUUACGUCAAUCACUUUGACCCAGCUGUGAGGAGGACAUAUGCGCUUUACAUCCGACCACAGGCGGAUAAGGCCCUGCAGAAGGUUUUCGAGUGGAAGUCGCAUGCGAUGAGUAGUGAGGCUAUCAAGGAUGCAAAGCGCUGGGCAAGGUUGGCAAAGAAGGAGGCCAAGGCAGUCGAAGAUGAGAAGGUCGCUGAGGCAAAGAUUUCCGCUGCGCAUGCCGUGAACGAUCCUAGUCUUCUUGAUCGCGUCAAUAUUGCAAAGGACCAAGCUACCGGUGGACCUCUAGCAGCAGCCGACCCAGUAGCCUCGGCCGUCUCUGACGCCGAGGAGGAAGCCGAGCUCACCAGCACAAAGGAGCAGCUCGAGGCUUGGGAGAAGGGUCUCGCUGCGCUCAUCGACGAAGAACACAAGCUCGUGCAGACUAGGUUCGAUGAGAUCCACGCUCGCUUUGCAGAGACGGUCCCUGAGAAGUUUGACGUAUUAACAGAAGACGUUGAGAUGGAGGUGGACGGCGUCUUUGCCCAGCUGGCCAAAGCCUUCCAGAAGGUGUCAAAGCGAGAAGAAGGGCCGGAGAGGACCGAGGCAGGCAAGGCCCUCGUCGAGAAGCAGCACGGCAAGCUCUCGCGCUCCAGGGAGAGGGCCGUCAAGUCACUCGGAUCCCUCUUCGGUGAGCUCGAGGCAGAGGAGAAUGCAACGCAGCGCGCAUCGGUAGAAGAGGUGGAGCGCUUCAUCGCCGAGGCCACAAAGGCGCACCGCUCCCUCAUCAAGUCUGCCAAGUCUUCAAAGACUCGCGAGCAGUUCUCUAGCUGGGACGAAGGAAUCGUGCCCCGUGCUCAGACCUUUAGCAAGGAGCUCCAAUCGCUCAAGUCAGGCAACAAGAAGCUCACACGCGGAGUCGUGGGUGUCAGCGGUGGCAAGAAGGGUGAUAUCCAGCGCAAGAUCAGCACUCUGCAGAGCUCUCUCGAGGGUCUCUACGAUACCGCCCUUGCCGAGCUGGGAGCCUUUGGUGCAAAGGAGCUCAGUGCGCUCGGUGCCGCUGGCGCUGCUGCUAGUGUCCUCGAGUCCAUCGUGGGCGGUACGAAGCAGUUGAGCGAGGAUGCCCAGAACGUUCUCAAGGAAGCAGCCGGCUCACUGGGUGUCAGUGGCUCGGGUGCUGCCUCUCUCGUCAGCGCCAAAGCGAGCGAGGCAUCUGCAUCCGCCAGCUCGCUCUUGAGAGAAGGCGCCAAGAGCGUAGGUGUCAGCGUUGACCCCGAGACCCCCGGCGAGUACGUCGAGUCCGUGUACGAAGCUGCCAAGUCUGCCAUGCCCGAUACUGCUUCUGCCAGCUCCCUUGCAAGUGAGGCUUCUGCUUCUGCUAGCUCUCUACUAAGGGAGGGCGCCAAGAGUGUGGGUAUCAAAGUCAACCCUGAGACUCCUGGAGAGUACAUUGAGUCCGUCUACGACGCUGUCACUUCCGGUGUCCCUGGCUCCGCUUCGGUAAGCUCGCUUGCUAGUGAAGCUUCUGCUUCUGCCAGCUCUUUGCUACGGGAAGGAGCCAAGAGCGUCGGCAUGUCGGUGAGCCCCGAGACACCAGGAGAGUACGUCGAGUCAGUCUACGAAGCCGCCAAGUCCGCCGUCGCCGGCACUGCCACUUCCGGCAGUCCUCUAGUCAGCAGCGCCUCAUCCAUCGGUAGCGAGUACUACGCCUCUGCCAGCUCCAUUGCCCGUCAAGCAGCGCAGCGUGCCGGGGUGCAAUUUGAGCCCGAAUCAAGCGGAGAGAUGAUCGAGUCGAUUGUGAAUGAAAUUUACUCCUCCGGCUCAAGCAUCGGCAGUGUAGCCUCUUCAGUCGCAUCUAGCGCCGCCUCCAACGUGGCCGACAAGGUUCCAGUAGACUUCGACACGAAGCAAGCAAGCAAGAUCCUCUCGGCCGCUUCCGUGGGCAUGUCAUCCUCAGCAACCGCCCUUGGCUCCUCAGCCAGCUCUGUCGCUCGCUCUGCAGCGCAAGCAGCAGGCCUUAACGUGCAGCCCGAGUCUCCAGGAGAGUACAUCGAGUCCGUCGCUGGUCUGGCAACAGAUGGCGCUUCCUCCCUGGUUGGCGAAGCCUCAUCUGUGCUGCACCAGGCGACACGCAGCUUAGCCUCCGCAGUGGGAGUAGAAGCCACACCCGAGACCCCAGGAGAGUAUGUAGAGAGUGUACUCGAUGCAGCACAGGGUGCCGCAAGCGAUGCAGCAGCCGCAGCAGGGUCCGUCUACUCGCGUCGUGGAAGAGUGGUGAGCAGCGCUUCCUCCCUUGUGGGAGAAGCAGCCAGCUCAGCUUCCUCUCUUGCGUCGCAAGCAAGCAAGAGCGCCGAUUCCCUCGCGUCAGAAGCAAGCAGCAGCGCUUCCUCCCUCUCACGGCGUGGACGUGUGAUCCUCAGCUCUUCCUCGGCCGAAGGAGCAGUAGGAUCCGUCGCCUCGGACGCUUCUUCCCUCCUCUCCUCCCUCGGAUCAGAAGGUGCCGAUGCGCUCCACCAGGCUACGCGCUCUGCCAGCUCGGCGCUAGGCGCUUCUCCUACCCCUGAGACGGCAGGAGAGUAUGUUGAGGCGGCGGUUCAGGGUGUGAAGGGGGUGGUGGAUCGGGUGAGGGAGGAGUUGUAG